UUCUUAAACUCCUGAAAACCCUAGUCUUUUUAGUAGAUUUUUAUUUUUUUUAAUUUUUGUUUAUUUAUCGCGUAGUUUAUCAAAGCUAGAUCGUUUUUUUUUUUAAGAGUGUUCAAUUCAAUUCUUAUUCAAAAUGAAUAACUUGAAGCUCUAUUCCGAGAUUCCUCUAAAUCUCCAGUUACAAUCAGAGAAAGAAACUAUACUCUUCUCUGCACUUGACAUCGAGCGAAACCGCCUGUUCUUUGCUUCUUCCACUAAUUUCAUUUACACAACUCACCUUUCUUCCUUCCAGAAUGAAAGAGUUUGGAGUGAAGCCUUGUUACCAGCAGAAAUUGAUUGCAUUGAUUUGGAACCCGGGGACACUAUUACGUCCUUUGAUUAUCUUAUGGAGAAAGAAGGGCUGAUUUUGGGGACUUCGGGUGGACACUUGCUCAUGCAUGAUGUGGAUGCUAAUGCAACAGAAAUUGUGGGUAUGGUGGAGGGCGGUGUUAAGCGCAUCUCACCCAGUCCCGAUGGAGAUGUGUUUAGUGUAAUUACUGGUUUUGGACAGUUACUAGUGAUGACUCAUGAUUGGGAUUUGUUAUACGAGAUUACUUUGGAGGAACUUCCUGAAGGUGUUGACGUACGUGAAGCAGAAUCUUGUUCCAGAAAUCCAUGCGAGUAUUCCAUCUCUUGGAGAGGUGAUGGUAAAUAUUUCGCAACUUUGAGUGAGGUGUAUAAUUCUAUUUCAGUCCUCAAGAGGAUUAAAGUUUGGGAGCGGGAUUCUGGUACAUUGCAAGCUUCUUCAGAAUCAAAGAACUUCGCGGGAGCAGUUCUCGAAUGGAUGCCAAGAGGGGCAAAAAUUGCAGCUGUUUAUGACAGGAAAGUAGAUAAUCAAAGUCCCUCAAUUGCUUUCUUUGAGAGGAAUGGACUGGAAAGAAGCUCAUUCAUCAUUAAUGAGCCAGUAAAUGUUACUGUGGAAAUGCUAAAAUGGAAUUGCACUUCAGAUCUUCUUGCAGCUAUUGUCAGAUGUGAAGGGUAUGACUCUGUUAAGAUAUGGUUCUUCAGCAACAACCAUUGGUACUUAAAACAUGAAAUUAGAUGCUCAAGAGAGGAUGGAGUAAAGUUCAUGUGGGAUCCAACAAGGCCACAGCAAUUGAUUUGUUGGACUCUUAGUGGGCGGGUCAUGCUUUACAACUUCGUUUGGAUUACAGCUGUUAUGGAGAACUCAACUGCCCUAGUCAUUGAUGAUUCCAGGAUAUGUUUAACCCCCCUUUCUAUGUCCUUGAUGCCACCUCCUAUGUACUUAUUCAAUCUGAAAUUUCCAAGUUCUGUCUGUGAUGUGGCCUUUUAUUCAAGAAACUCCAAAAAUUGUCUAGCUGCAACUUUAUCAGAUGGCUGUUUGUGUGUUGUGGACCUUCCUGCUUCUGAUGUGUGGGAGGAAUUAGAAGGCAAAGAAUUUAAUGUUGAAGCUUCUCUCUCCGAAACAAAAUUUGGGUCUUUUGUACAUCUUGUGUGGUUGGAUUCUCAUAUACUUCUCACUGUGUCUCACUAUGAUUUCUGUCAAGGAGAUUACUUUUGUCAAACCUCGGCAAGCAAGGAUGGGCUUCAUGGUUUUUACAUGCAGGAGAUUGAGCUUACGUGUUCUGAGGAUCAUGUCCCAGGUCUGGUGACAUGUUCCGGUUGGCAUGCAAAAGUUUCCCGUAGAGAUUCUCUGGAUAGGCCAGUAAUUGGUGUUGCUCCUAACCCUGCUAAAAGAUGCUCAGCAUUCAUCCAGCUUGAUGGUGGAAGAAUCUUAGAAUAUAUCUCAAAAUUGGGUCUCAUUAGAAGUGCUCCUACACAUGAUGAUAUUAGUUUUUCAUCCUCUUGCCCUUGGAUGAGUGUGGUUCCAGUUGGUGGCAGUGGGUCUGUGAAGCCUUUGCUUUUUGGGCUUGAUGACAUAGGCAGGUUCCAUGUCAGCGGCAGAAUACUCUGCAAUAAUUGUAGCAGUUUCUCAGUUUACUCAAAGCUGGAUGAUAACUUGGUCACCCAUGUAAUUCUUGCAAGUAAACAAUAUCUGCUCUUUGUUGUGGACAUCAGUGAUAUACUGCAUGGAGAAAUGGAGUUAAAGCAUGAGAAUUUUGUUCAUGGUAAUAAAAGGAGAGGAGAAGAAGAAAACAUGAACUUUACGAAUAUCUGGGAAAGAGGUGCCAAAAUAAUUGGUGUCUUGCAUGGGGAUGAAGCUGCCGUCAUCUUACAAACAACCCGAGGGAAUCUAGAAUCCAUUUACCCAAGAAAAUUGGUCCUUGCUUCAAUUGUCCAUGCUUUGGUCCAGAGGCGUUUUAGAGAUGCGCUACACAUGGUGAGGCGGCAUAGAAUUGAUUUUAAUAUCAUUGUUGACCAUUGUGGUUGGCCAACAUUUCUUCUAUCAGCUUCAGAUUUUGUUAGUCAAGUCAACAACUUGAGCUACAUAACUGAGUUUGUUUGUGCCAUAAAAAAUGAAAAUAUUACAGAGACACUCUAUAAAACGUUUAUCUUGUCACCUUCCUCACAAGAGCUUAAGGCAGAGCAGACCAAAAGCUUCGAUUCUGAUUCUAAUAACAAAGUAACUUCAGUGCUGCUUGCAAUAAGGAAAGCCCUUGAAGGAAAAAUACCAGAAAGUCCAGCAAGGGAACUUUGCAUCUUGACCACUCUCGCUCGUAGUGAUCCUCCAGCUCUCAAAGAAGCUUUGAAGAGGAUAAAAGCUAUACGUGAAAUGGAAUUAUUAAGUUCUGAUGACCCCAGGAGACUGUCUUGCCCUUCUGCUGAAGAAGCUCUGAAGCAUUUGUUGUGGUUAUCAGAUUCUGAAGCUGUAUUUGAUGCUGCUUUAGCUUAUGAUUUGAACCUUGCAGCUAUUUUAGCCAUUGUAUCUGCAGGAGAUGCCUAUUAUGCAGAUAGCAUGAACCUCUUGAAGAAAAACCCUCAACUAUUUCCUUUGGGACUUCAAUUGAUUACUGAUCCUGUGAAGAGAGCACAGGUACUUGAGGCUUGGGGAGAUCAUCUUAGUGACGAAAAAUGCUUUGAGGAUGCUGCUGCUAUUUAUUUGUGUUGUUCCCGUUUGGAAAAGGCUUUGAAGGAAUAUCGUGCUUGUGGUAAUUGGAACAGGGUGUUUACAGUAGCUGGACUUCUAAAAUUGGACAAGGAUGGGAUUACGCAAUUGGCUCAUGAACUGUGUGAAGAGCUUCAGGUCCUUGGUAAACCGGGAGAAGCUGCCAAAAUUGCUCUGGAGUAUUGUGGAGAUGUAAAUAGUGGAAUACAGUUGCUCAUCAUUGCAAGGGAGUGGGAGGAGGCUUUGAGGGUUUCUUUUAUGCACAGGAGAGAGGACUUAAUAUCAGAACUGAAAAAUGCAUCACUGGAAUGUGCUAGCAGUCUGAUAACUGAAUACGAGGAAGGAUCAGAAAAGAUUGGGAAAUACUUGACUCGCUACCUAGCUGUUCGACAGAGAAGAUUGCUACUGCAAGCAAAGCUCCAGUCAGAAGAGCAGUCAGUGAAUAAUGUUGAUGAUGAUAGCGCUUCAGAAGCUAGCAGUACUUUCAGUGGCAUGAGUGCCUAUACCACAGGGACAAGAAGGGGCUUAGCUGCUUCCAUCAGCUCCACUGUGGCUAGCAAGGCAAGAGACACAAGACGCCAGAGAAAAAGAGGAAAAAUCCGCCCCGGCAGCCCUGAUGAGGAGAUGGCACUGGUUGAGCAUUUGAAGGGUAUGUCUUUGACAGCUGGAGCAAAGCGCGAGCUUAAAUCUUUGUUAGUUUCUCUUAUGAUGCUUGGCGAGGAAGAAACUGCAUGCAAAAUGCAACGUACAGGGGAGAAAUUUCAACUGCUUCAAAUGGCAGCAGUGAAACUUGCCGAGGAGACAAUGGCCACCAAUAGCAUUGAUGAGCACAGUCAUACCCUGGAGCAUUAUUUACCAAAAAUAAGAAGUGAAGUGCAAGAUUCAGAUGCUUUUUCUUGGCGGUUGAGGGUCUUCAUAUCUCCUUCAAUGGCUGCCGCGGUCUAGGUCACGACUGGGAAGAAGCACGAGGCUGAAAGCCAAACCGAUGAUGAAUGUCCAAGGAUGACGACUCAUACCAUCAAUGACUUUCAUCUACUGCUGGUGUUCUUUUUAAACGAAUGCUCAUUAGUAUUUAUCAGUAAUGCAGCAAUCCGUAGGAUUUUUUGAGUGUCCAAAUUUUAUGGUUAACUUCAUUUUGAAGUUAGAAUGCAACAUCGCCUUUUUUUGUUUCUUUUUGUUGAUAAGACACUUUUUGAUAGUCUGGGUGGUGGGAUUGAACAAUAGGUUGGUACUA